CACUACUUCACUUUCCCCUCCUUUCUUCUUUUUGAAUACCUCCACACAUUCCUCCAUCUGUUCGAGAACAAAACAACAACGACAACAACACACUACAGCCAUGUCAGUAGCAGCAGGAUCCUCCCAACAACAUAUCCACACCCUGACGAUGCCGACCUCAUCGUCCGUACCGAUCUUGCAGGCGACACCCGGCAAGCGCAUCGCUUUGCCCGUCCGCGUGGAGCCCAAGGUCUUCUUCGCGAACGAACGCACGUUCCUCUCCUGGCUCAACUUCACAGUCCUCCUGGGAUCCCUUGCCAUUGGCCUGCUGAACUUUGGCGACCGUGUCGGGCGGAUCUCUGCUGGCGUCUUCACGUUCGUGGCCAUGGUCGUCAUGAUCUACGCCCUCGUCACCUUUCACUGGAGAGCAGAUCGGAUUCGGAAGAGACAGCCUGGCCCUUAUGAUGAUCGUUUUGGUCCGACGGUGCUGUGUGUCUUCAUCUUGGCGGCCAUUAUGAUCAAUUUCGGACUGAAGUUUACGGAUAACGGCAUCUAGUCGUGCGGAGGAUAUAAUACAAGAGAGGAUCGAAGAAUUUGUUGCACUAUAACUCGUUUCUUUUUUUGCAGAUUUUCAAACUUCAGUAAAUUAUAAUGCGUCGUCAGAUGGCACCAUUUGAAGAGUUCAAGAUAAACGGCAUUGAAUAUAACUAUGAAUGA